GCCCAAUUUGCACACUUGGAUACCAAAACACUUGGUGGAGUAUGGAAAGUAGGAGAGAGUAAAGGUGGUGAGGUAUGGAAAAUAGGAGAGAGAAAGUAAAUGGGGAAAUUAAUGAAUGUAGGUAUGAAAUUGUAAAAUGGAAAAGGUAUAUGAUAAAGUUAGUGAAAAGUGAUGUGGACUAAUGAGGUGAUGAGAGAGAAAUUAUGGGGAGCCCGAUGAAUGUUAAUGCUCUUAACAACACCCCAAAGUUAGCAUCUCAACCGCUCAUUGUCACCGUCGACAUGGAAGAAUCAUGAACAAGGUAGUGCCGUAGUGGACAUUCAAGUUAUUAUCCUCAAUUGUUGGAUAACGCAGGACUAGCAUUCUAGCAAGAAGAAAUUGGGUUCUCUACUCAAUAGUAUAUAGUAGAAUUGCUGAAGAAACGGCAUUAAUCUUUCAGAAACUCGAUAUAGUACGUUACUAUUCCUCUUUUUUUUUUUUUCUUUUUUUUUUUUUUUUUUUUUCUCUUUGCCUACUUUCUUGAUAAAAUUUCAGUUCUUCUGCAUCAUAUAUUAUGCAUCAAAAUUGUCAAUAAUUCGUACAUAUCUAUGUUUAUGUGUAAGUGUGUAACCCCAUAAAACCCAUGAUUUUCUUGCUGUUUUAGUAUAAAUUUCCAUUUUAAUCGCAUGUGAUUAUAAAAUCAUGGCAACCCUUUUGCGGAGUUUGUCUCCUAUACCAAACCCAUGUCUAGAAAAUACAGUAAAAGUAAGUGGGUUUUUUUCCCAGAUCCCAAAUUUUCAUACUGUGUCAAUAAACAAGGGUUUUUCAAGGGUAUUAGCAUCUAACCAAGUUACAAUUUCAUCAAAUUCUGUGUUUACUUUGCCUAAUUGGAGGACUGGUAAGAAUGAUGCUAAGACUAAAGAGAUUAAAGUGAAUGAUGCUUUUUUGUACUUGGAAUAUAUGGUUGAAAAGGGCCAUAAGCCUGAGAAGAGUCAAGCUACUCAGCUAUUGUAUGACCUUUGUAAACUGAGUAAAGUUCGAAAAGCAAUUCGAGUGAUGGAGAUGAUGGUUAGUUCAGGUGUGAAACCGGAUGCUACGUCGUAUACAUUUUUGGUGAAUCAUUUGUGUAAGAGGGGGAAUGUUGGGUAUGCAAUGCAGUUAGUUGAAAGGAUGGAGGAGUAUGGCUACCCGACCAACACGGUUACGUAUAAUUCACUUGUCAAGGGGUUGUGUAUGCUUGGGAAUUUGAAUAAGAGUCUGCAGCUUCUGGAUCAAUUGAGAAAGAAGGGACUGGAACCUAAUGUUUUCACUUACUCAUUCUUGCUCGAAGCUGCGUACAAGGAAAGAGGAGUUGAUGAAGCAAUGCGGCUGUUGGAUGAAAUAAUUGCAAAGGGAGGAAAGCCUAAUUUGGUGAGCUACAAUGUGCUCUUGACAGGGUUGUGUAAGGAAGGGAGAACAGAGGAGGCAAUAAGUUUCUUCAGGAAUUUGCCGCAAAAAGGAUUUGAGCCGAAUGUUGUGACUUACAAUAUUAUGCUAAGGACUCUGUGCUGUGAAGGACGGUGGAAUGAGGCGCAUGAGCUUCUAGCUGAAAUGGAUGGUGGAGAUCGUUCCCCGUCUGUUGUUACUUAUAACAUUUUGGUCAGUUCACUGGCUCUCCAUGGCCAAUUAGAUCAGGCAUUUGAGGUAUUGGAAGAAAUGACGAAGGCGGGAUUCAAACCUACAGGAGCCACCUACAACCCAAUCAUUACUCAUCUCUGCAAGGAGGGAAAGGUAGAUCAAGUUAUGAAGUGCUUAGACCAGAUGAUUUCGCAGCAGUGUUAUCCUAAUGAAGGAACGUAUAAUGCUAUUUCUGUGCUUUCUGAAGAUGGGUCAGUUCAGGAAGCAUUCUCCAUCAUUCAAAGCAUAGGUAGCACAUCAAACUUCUCGACUCAUGACUUUUAUAAAACUGUCAUCACAAGCUUGUGCAGAAAAAAUAAUACUUACCCAGCAUUGAAGCUAUUGAAUGAGAUGAUUAAGUAUGGAUUUACACCUGAUUCUUAUACAUAUUCAACGUUGUUAAGAGGGUUGUGUAUGGAAGGAAUGAUAGAUGCAGCAGUUGAGAUUUUCAUGCUGAUGGAAGAAAAUAACUGCAGACCAGAUGUAGAUAAUUGUAAUGCUCUUAUACUUGGUUUAUGCAAAUCUCAUAGAACUGAUUUGUCUUUGGAUAUCUUCCAAAUGAUGGUAGACAAAGGAUAUAAGCCAAAUGAGAUGACUUAUACAAUUAUUGUUGAGGGCAUAGCCCAUGAAGAAGAAAUGGAGAUAGCAGCAAUAGUUUUGGAAGAACUAUAUGAGAGAAAAGUAGUGAGUAGAAACACAAUGGAAAGGCUCGCGAUGCAGUAUGACCUUGAGGGUUUACCGGUCUAAACAAACCAUAGAGUAACUCUUCACAAAGAAAUGCAUAAGGCUCCAAUUGCUCUUACAAUCAAAUCGUAAUUGAUUUGCAAAUAGAUAAUGUUCAGUCCAACAUAAGUGAAUAUAUCUGUCUCCUGAAUGCAUUGGGCUGAUAUGGUACUUCCUAUUUGCUUCAAUUUCGAUGCUAUACGGUUCUUCAUGUUGCUAAUGCUACUUUCAACGGCGCUACUCUGUUGUCUUUUGGAUAUGAAUUCACAUGUAGACUAAGAGGAAGCUUUAGAAACAUAAUUUACCGUACCAGAAUAUUGCCUCUGGCUGAGCAAAAUGGUUAUUAGUAUUUUUGGUGCUUAAACAAUAUGCAGUUUGUCUAAUGUUCCUGCAAUAAAGACGUCCUAGUUUAAAAGAUGCAUUUCUUUUGCCAAGUUCAUUUACUUCUUUUGGGCAGAAUAUUUCUUAUCUUUAACUUGUUACUCACUUUGUUGUAAUUUUUGCUAAAUAAAAGUCCUGUUGAAAAACAGCCAAAUAUAAUUUAGUUUAUUUGAUGUUUA